GAAGGUUAUUAUGAGUUCAUUGGUAUCGACCUAGAAAAAUUAAUGUGCCAGCACAGAAAUUUUUACCGUACGCUAUAGGAAUUUUUGCAAAAUAAACGUAAAAAAUUCUUGAUGAAUACAGCUAAUUUCCGCGAGCAACACGUGCAUUUUUCUAGCCCCAAAGCAACAGCAAUUUUCUAAAGUAAAUCCGCGAAAAAUUCCGCUGCUGUUGUAGAAUUUUUUUGGACCUGUCCAAAUCAAUGGAUUUUAUUCUGAAGAGAAUAAUUUUUUUGUGAGAUCCACUUUUAUGAUGAUUACCCUCGGUAUGUGGCCGCACGUACAUCACAUAUGUAUAUUGUGGCGCGUGCCUAAAAUAGAUGCCUUUUCCACGGAUGUUGUCUCGACAACGAUGCAGGGGGUGCAACGACACGCGUGCUCAAUGACUACCCGUGAGAAUCCCCUUGUUUCAGUCCCCAUCCGAAAGUCACUCUUUAAACAUUAAAAAUUUCAUUGCUCUAUUCAAUAUUUCGCCUCGACCCAUUGCAACUGCACGUGAACCCCAAAAUUAAAUAACUAACGCGUAAAAUAAAUUGAGAGAGUAAAUGAAAUCGGUUUAAAUGAGAGUAGAAGUCAUCGGUUUAAAUUAGAAUCGACUGCUAGAGGCAGAAGUACAAGUUGGUCAGAUAAGUUUUGUAAAAAAUUAAGCCGACACACGGAAUAAUGAAGACCAGUGGAAGACCGAUUAUUAGAAUGGCUCCGGAGGCGACUUAUGGAGCCGGUGGAAUAGAGUGCUGCUUCUGUCGGUGCUGCACUUGUAUUCACAUAGAAUUCUUCAAGACUUUUCCUGGGGCUGUCAAAGUAGCUGAGACGGUAAUAAGCGGCCUGAUCCAGAGCCUAUUGAUAAAUUACGGCCUCCGGUACAGUGCGACCAUUGGUUCAGCCUUCGAAGGAUCAUUGACAACGUCAUCGGCCUGUUUUCUGACGUCAUCUGUCCUCCUGGCGUGCUACAUAAUUUCUAAGAAAUCUUAUGGACUCAUUCGUGCAUCACUAUUUGAAAUGAUGUUCAAUGCUCUCGCGUGCUUCCUGUACAUAACUUCCGCCUCUUAUCUCGGUUUUUCGACAAAAAUGUUCUUGUGGCCCCAGUACUACAUCACCCCAGGGUUCGACGUGUAUCCGGCGAUGACUGCGGCAUAUAUGCUGAGUGUCGUCGUGGGGUGUUUGCACGGGGCGGACGCGUACUUCUCCUUCCGGGACUACAAGAGAAGAUAAUCGUCACCUCCCGCGAACUUUAGAAUAAUCGAUGUAUUAUGUUGAUUAACCCUAGAUGGAUUGCCCUAUGGGGUAACCGCAACGCAUCGUUUUUCAUAAAUUACGAGACCGAACGCGCACUGUUAUCACAAACAUAAUGAUGGAAAAUGUCAAAAUUGAAUGAACCAAUGAGGAAUAAGCGUGACAGACUUUUGAGAUAUCGAUAGUCUCGAUGUUUGUCGAGUUGACGGACUCUAGACGUUUGGACGUCCCCCGAUACCAGUCGAACGUGUAGACGUUCAUUAGACGGAACUCAGACGUGAGAGACUCCAUGAGACGUUCUUGUGUGACAGAGUGGACGUCCUUUGAACGACCAACAGAUUAAUUCUAGAAUAGAGAUGGGAUGAUCUAGCCCUAGAUGGGAUGUCCAUCUAACCCUAAUUAUUAACUGUAGAUCGGCACAGGACGUCCCGUUAAUCUUGGGAGGUCUCUUAAACGAAAUUAAGACGUGAAAAAAUUCAUUGGACUGAAAGUUUUUACUGAAGUCACUUCCAUGACACUAAAACUAUGUAAUGUUUUUAAUGUAUUAUAUUCUCGAUUUAUUUUUAAUGUUAAUAGCUAAUAAGUUGUAUUUUUUGUAUAAUUUUCGUCACAGAAUAAAAAUCUGGGUCAAUAAAAUAAAUAAACUGGUCUUUUA